UUGUCUUACCAAUCCCCAUCUCAUUUGUUUGUCCUAACGCCUAGAUGUAACCUUAAUUAAUUAAUACUAGUAAUACUUGAUUCUUGGUAUUGAAGUGCAAAGAAUAUGGCUUCAGAAAGAAGAGUACACGAUGCUACAACAAAGGGCGAUUUAGCAUCACUAAGACAAGUGUUCCAACAGGAUCCAUAUCUCGUGGAAGCAACUUCAUUCCCAUUUUCAAGAACUCUGUUACACAUAGCCAUCACUCAUGGGCACAUCACCAUAGUUGAUGAGGUGCUUGAGAUCAAUCCGAGGCUAGCUCGAAUCCUAGACUCCCAAAAACUGUCGCCUCUCCACAUCGCGGUAGAGGAAGGGAAUGUGGAGAUUGUAAAGAGAUUGGUGUUGGUGGCGCCCGAGACGUGCUGGUGGCGAGACAGUCAUGAUAUGAACCCGAUUCAUGCUGCGGCCAUGGCUGGGCGUGUGGAGAUCUUGGAUGAGCUGAUCCAAGUGGAUCCGUCUCCGGGUUUGGAGAGGCUGCGUCGCGGGCAGACCGUGCUGCAUUUGUGUGUGAAGCACGGUCAGCUUAGUGCGUUGAAGGUGUUGGUGGAGAGGCUGGGGGAGCUUGUGUGUGCCAAGGAUGAUGAUGGAGAGACACUUCUGCAUUUGGGUGUUAGGUGCAAUCAGCUUGAGAUGAUAAGAUACUUGGUGCGAACCACUAAACUAGACAAGGAGACAACAAAUGCAAUGGGCAAAACAGCAUUGGAUAUCUUGAAAGAGAGCCCUAGAGAUGACAUCACCUAUGGAGAAAUGAAAAGAAGCUUGAGCAGUUUAUCAGAUCACUCAACACUGCUGGGAAUCCUCCCAAAGAUGACCGACAUCACAAUGGUGGUGGUGGUCCUGAUCGCCACCAUGGCCUUCCAGGCGGCGAUCAGCCCCCCGGGUGGGGUGUGGCAGGACAACACGUCAUCCCACAGAGCGGGGCAAGCUGUGAUGGCAUCUACUCAUCCCAAAAUGUAUAGGCACUUUGUGAAUGCCAACACCACGGCUUUCGUGUCGGCUCUGGUGACGAUCAUGCUGAUCACGACAGGGCUGCCGCUGGAGCAGUUCUUUUUCCUGGUGGUGGCGACGACGGCGAUGUGGCUGUCGCUGACGUCGCUUGGGGUGGGGUACGGGGCGUCCCUGAUCAUGACCACGCCCAAUGAAGAGCAGUCGCUUGGGUAUAUUGUUGCCUCGGUCGUCUCUGUUUUCUUCUUCUUUGUUAUGUUGUUACUGCUCUACCUUUCUAUCAAUGGAUUGCGUUCAUCCUUGAGGAGGAGAUCAACCGAGGGAUCGCUGUGAUAAAACACAAAUGACAAAUGAGAUCGCUCUUCAAAUUUAAUGUUGCAAUUAUCAAAAACUUAAGUUUUGAAUCGAUUUCUGAGACGUUGUAUCAAAUUUUGUUGCGGAUGAAUUAAAUCUGUAUGGAUUGACAUUGUCUUCUAA